AGGACCACUCUGUAUGAAAGCUACUCUCCUUUCUCCAAUCAAUAGACCAGAUAUACUUGUCAUAGGCGGAGUUUUAUGUGGGGGUUUUUUUUCUUGCCGGCUAUUUAAUUAUGUGAAUGUGAUCACAGAUUGACUUUGGACUGGGAAACGGAGAUGCUACAGUCGGGUGUGUUGUCCUUGGCCCUUUUGGCGCUCACGGGCGCCAUCACAUGCCCGGAUGGGGAGACAUGUCACGACGGGAGCUCUUGCUGCCUGACCAAGUCUGGCAGAUAUGGCUGCUGCCCUCUGGCGCGUUCUCUUCCCAUGGUCCGUGCUUCCUCUGGGAAUGAUGGCAAUGAUACGUUCUGCCCAGAUGGCUCUCGCUGCCCUUCUGAAUAUUCCUGUUCGAAAUCCCACAGUGUCUUCAAGUGCUGCCCCCUUCCCCAGGGUGUCUCGUGUUCUGAUGGGAACCACUGCUGUCCCGAGGGCCAUCGGUGUGGUGAGGAUGGGCUUUCCUGCAUCAAGGAAAAAGCAGUGCACACCGGAGCGAUCAUGUGUCCCGACGGGGUGUCUGAGUGUCCUGAUGAGACUACCUGCUGCCAACUUCCCGACAGGACCUGGGGGUGCUGCCCCCUGCCACAGGCCGUGUGCUGCAGUGACCACCUGCACUGCUGUCCUUCUGGCACCAAAUGCGACCUGGCGCACGACACCUGCACAUCUGCCUAUUCGCAAACCCCGCUCGUCAAGAAGAUCCCAGCCAGCAAAGUUGUUUGUCCUGACAAGACGACCAAAUGCCCGGAUGGAAACACUUGCUGUAGGAUGGCCGACAGACGCUAUGGUUGCUGUUCAUUGGCAAGAGCCGUGUGUUGCGAGGACCACAUCCAUUGCUGCCCAGAGGGAACGGAGUGCGACAUGGCCCACUCCGCAUGCAUAUCCCCUGGUGGAAACAGUACCUGGGCCACCAAACUCCGUGCCAGGGGCUCUGUGCCCUGGCUGGAAAAGGUGCCCCCUCUGAUCCACAGCACAAAUAAAGCAGAGGAUGUGCCAUGUGACUCCACCCAUGCCUGUCCUGAUGGUACCACCUGCUGCAAGACAGAAAGUGGAGACUGGGCCUGCUGCCUCAUGCCUGAGGCAGUGUGCUGUGAAGACCACACCCACUGCUGCCCCCAUGGCACCACCUGUGACGUGGCUGCCGGCAGCUGUAAUGAUGCUAAGGGCUCCGUGCCCUGGCUGGAGAAGGUGCCCCCUCUGAUCCACAGCCCAAAUAAAGCAGAGGAUGUGCCAUGUGACUCCACCCAUGCCUGUCCUGAUGGUACCACCUGCUGCAAGACAGAAAGUGGAGAGUGGGCCUGCUGCUUCCUGCCUGAGGCAGUGUGCUGUGAAGACCACACCCACUGCUGCCCCCAUGGCACCACCUGUGACGUGGCUGCCGGCAGCUGUAAUGAUGCUAAGGGCUCCGUGCCCUGGCUGGAGAAGGUGCCCCCUCUGAUCCACAGCCCAAAUAAAGCAGAGGAUGUGCCAUGUGACUCCACCCAUGCCUGUCCUGAUGGUACCACCUGCUGCAAGACAGAAAGUGGAGAGUGGGCCUGCUGCUUCCUGCCUGAGGCAGUGUGCUGUGAAGACCACAUCCACUGCUGCCCCAAGGGCACCACCUGUGAUGCAGCCGGCAGCACCUGUAAUAAUGCCACGGGCUCCAUGCCCUGGCUGGAGAAGGUCCCCCCUCUGAUCCACCGCCCAAAUAAAGCAGAGGAUGUGCCAUGUGACCCCACCCAUGCCUGUCCUGAUGGUACCACCUGCUGUAAGACAGAACAUGGAGACUGGGCCUGCUGCCCCCUGCCUGAGGCAGUGUGCUGUGAAGACCACAUCCACUGCUGCCCCAAGGGCACCACCUGUGAUGCGGCCGGCAGCACCUGUAAUAAUGCCACGGGCUCCAUGCCCUGGCUGGAGAAGGUCCCCCCUCUGAUCCACCGCCCAAAUAAAGCAGAGGAUGUGCCAUGUGACCCCACCCAUGCCUGUCCUGAUGGUACCACCUGCUGCAAGACAGAACAUGGAGACUGGGCCUGCUGCCCCCUGCCUGAGGCAGUGUGCUGUGAAGACCACAUCCACUGCUGCCCCAAGGGCACCACCUGUGAUGCGGCAGGGAGCACCUGUAAUCAUGCCAGGGGCUCCGUGCCCUGGCUGGAGAAGGUGCCCCCUCUGAUCCACCGCCCAAAUAAAGCAAAGGAUGUGCCAUGUGACCCCACCCAUGCCUGUCCUGAUGGUACCACCUGCUGCAAGACAGAACAUGGAGACUGGGCCUGCUGCCCCCUGCCUGAGGCAGUGUGCUGUGAAGACCACAUCCACUGCUGCCCCAAGGGCACCACCUGUGAUGCGGCCGGCAGCACCUGUAAUAAUGCCACGGGCUCCAUGCCCUGGCUGGAGAAGGUCCCCCCUCUGAUCCACCGCCCAAAUAAAGCAGAGGAUGUGCCAUGUGACCCCACCCAUGCCUGUCCUGAUGGUACCACCUGCUGUAAGACAGAACAUGGAGACUGGGCCUGCUGCCCCCUGCCUGAGGCAGUGUGCUGUGAAGACCACAUCCACUGCUGCCCCAAGGGCACCACCUGUGAUGCGGCCGGCAGCACCUGUAAUAAUGCCACGGGCUCCAUGCCCUGGCUGGAGAAGGUCCCCCCUCUGAUCCACCGCCCAAAUAAAGCAGAGGAUGUGCCAUGUGACCCCACCCAUGCCUGUCCUGAUGGUACCACCUGCUGUAAGACAGAACAUGGAGACUGGGCCUGCUGCCCCCUGCCUGAGGCAGUGUGCUGUGAAGACCACAUCCACUGCUGCCCCAAGGGCACCACCUGUGAUGCGGCCGGCAGCACCUGUAAUAAUGCCACGGGCUCCAUGCCCUGGCUGGAGAAGGUCCCCCCUCUGAUCCACCGCCCAAAUAAAGCAGAGGAUGUGCCAUGUGACCCCACCCAUGCCUGUCCUGAUGGUACCACCUGCUGUAAGACAGAACAUGGAGACUGGGCCUGCUGCCCCCUGCCUGAGGCAGUGUGCUGUGAAGACCACAUCCACUGCUGCCCCAAGGGCACCACCUGUGAUGCGGCCGGCAGCACCUGUAAUAAUGCCACGGGCUCCAUGCCCUGGCUGGAGAAGGUCCCCCCUCUGAUCCACCGCCCAAAUAAAGCAGAGGAUGUGCCAUGUGACCCCACCCAUGCCUGUCCUGAUGGUACCACCUGCUGUAAGACAGAACAUGGAGACUGGGCCUGCUGCCCCCUGCCUGAGGCAGUGUGCUGUGAAGACCACAUCCACUGCUGCCCCAAGGGCACCACCUGUGAUGCGGCCGGCAGCACCUGUAAUAAUGCCACGGGCUCCAUGCCCUGGCUGGAGAAGGUCCCCCCUCUGAUCCACCGCCCAAAUAAAGCAGAGGAUGUGCCAUGUGACCCCACCCAUGCCUGUCCUGAUGGUACCACCUGCUGUAAGACAGAACAUGGAGACUGGGCCUGCUGCCCCCUGCCUGAGGCAGUGUGCUGUGAAGACCACAUCCACUGCUGCCCCAAGGGCACCACCUGUGAUGCGGCCGGCAGCACCUGUAAUAAUGCCACGGGCUCCAUGCCCUGGCUGGAGAAGGUCCCCCCUCUGAUCCACCGCCCAAAUAAAGCAGAGGAUGUGCCAUGUGACCCCACCCAUGCCUGUCCUGAUGGUACCACCUGCUGUAAGACAGAACAUGGAGACUGGGCCUGCUGCCCCCUGCCUGAGGCAGUGUGCUGUGAAGACCACAUCCACUGCUGCCCCAAGGGCACCACCUGUGAUGCGGCCGGCAGCACCUGUAAUAAUGCCACGGGCUCCAUGCCCUGGCUGGAGAAGGUCCCCCCUCUGAUCCACCGCCCAAAUAAAGCAGAGGAUGUGCCAUGUGACCCCACCCAUGCCUGUCCUGAUGGUACCACCUGCUGUAAGACAGAACAUGGAGACUGGGCCUGCUGCCCCCUGCCUGAGGCAGUGUGCUGUGAAGACCACAUCCACUGCUGCCCCAAGGGCACCACCUGUGAUGCGGCAGGGAGCACCUGUAAUCAUGCCAGGGGCUCCGUGCCCUGGCUGGAGAAGGUGCCCCCUCUGAUCCACCGCCCAAAUAAAGCAGAGGAUGUGCCAUGUGACCCCACCCAUGCCUGUCCUGAUGGUACCACCUGCUGCAAGACAGAACAUGGAGACUGGGCCUGCUGCCCCCUGCCUGAGGCAGUGUGCUGUGAAGACCACAUCCACUGCUGCCCCAAGGGCACCACCUGUGAUGCGGCCGGCAGCACCUGUAAUCAUGCCAGUGGCUCCGUGCCCUGGCUGGAGAAGGUGCCCCCUCUGAUCCACCGCCCAAAUAAAGCAGAGGAUGUGCCAUGUGACCCCACCCAUGCCUGUCCUGAUGGUACCACCUGCUGCAAGACAGAACAUGGAGACUGGGCCUGCUGCCCCCUGCCUGAGGCAGUGUGCUGUGAAGACCACAUCCACUGCUGCCCCAAGGGCACCACCUGUGAUGCGGCCGGCAGCACCUGUAAUCAUGCCAGGGGCUCCGUGCUCUGGCUGGAGAAGGUGCCCCCUCUGAUCCACCGCCCAAAUAAAGCAGAGGAUGUGCCAUGUGACCCCACCCAUGCCUGUCCUGAUGGUACCACCUGCUGCAAGACAGAACAUGGAGACUGGGCCUGCUGCCCCCUGCCUGAGGCGGUGUGCUGUGGUGACAUGAAACACUGCUGCCCCAGCGGCUACAGCUGUGACCCGACCAACGGGUCCUGCUACAGAUCAGGACCGUUCCGCUGGGACAACUUGCGUUCCCUCUUCAGGAAGCGACUACUUUAACCCAUCUGUAAUGCUGAGCCAAUUCAGCCCCAGCUACCAGACACACCCAUAAUCCUACACAGCAUGCCAUUGGACAUUCUCACCCAUAACCUUCCCUCCACACCCAUCAGCUUAUGCAACAUUCUAUUGGACAUGUGCAGUCCACAUCCGUAAUCCUCUGCAACGGGGCAUUGGAACUUGUCCAUAAUAAUAAUGAUUUUUAACGAUGAUGAUGAUGAUACUACUUUGCAUUUGUAUGUCACUUUUGAAACUUGGUGCAUGCAGCACUUCAGGGGCAGUAGGAAUUAAUUCAGCAAGUAUGAAUCAAAUUACUGAUUCAUACUUGCUGAUACUGAUACUGAUUACUGAUGCUUGUGAAACAUUUUAAAUGUAAAAAAAUAAAGUGUAAAAAGUCUUUAAACGGUAGUGCCCGGAUGUAUUUUAUUAUAUUGUGCUACAAUCAGGAUACUUGAUGAGAUGGAAGGUUUGGGAAUAUGGCACAAUAUUGUGCUGGUGCAAUGUGGAAGGUGAUUUUAAGAAAUAAAAAUGAUUCCUGCUGACGUUGGGUCCUUGGUCCUAAAGUCUGAGAUUUAA